GGUUAAAAUUGCAUUGCAUUCAUUCUUGACGAUGGCUAGAGUAGAUUGGAACAGAGUGAGGAGAGAUUUCGUGUCUUUCCUUGUUUGUUUUUUCCCCUUCUUUCUUCAAUUCUCUCGCAAGAAGAAGGUACAACAGAUAUUUGAUCUUGUCUGCUGCGUUUUCCUUGCCUACUUGUAUCAUCCUCUUCCUCCAUCCCAUCCAUCCUUAUCCUGUCCCGGCCCCUUCGGAAGGAAGGGAAAAAAAAAAAAAAAAAAAUCGACACAAAAACGGCCGGAAAGAUGAUAUUUAUUGCCAAUCAAAGUUCAAAGUUGACAAUAAUGGAGGUGGUAGAUAUAAAUAAGAGCAUCUGUCUCUCUCUCCCCCCCGGUCCCUUCCAUUACCGCUUCUCUGUCUUCGUGUGCGUGUGUUAGACGACAGGCGUUGUGUGUGCUUGGUAUCCUUUCGUCUACGUUUCCCGCUCGCACUUCCAUUGCCCUUGGUAAGCAUGCGGGAUUGAGUAGGCGAGUAAACCGCCAGAAUAGUUCCCGUCAGAGCUCAGCAGAUAUGUGGGUGGAGGAGAAAGAAAAGGGAUGUGGUCAACCAUGUCCACUUCCACGACUUUCGAUGUCCUCGGGCCUCUGUUUCGUGUCCCAUAUAUAGGGAGGUCCCAGCUCGUAGGAGGUAGAGCAGAGGCUAGCAGAAGUCGAGAGGCGAGGAAAGUGGGAGUUGGAGAAGAAACGGAGAGGUGAGGAAAAAUUCUCUUUCCGCUUAUUUAUAUAUAUAAAAUAAUUAAAAUCAGAUUUUUCUUCCAAAGGGAAUCAUACACAGCGAAUCAGAUAGGAACAGGAGUAAAAAGAGGCGCGUUCAGAUGAGGUAGGAAGGAGGAACGGAAAAACACCAAAAUAAGAGGCAACUAAAAACAACAGAAAAAACAACAAAAAGAAGAAACUCCCAAUGAUGUCUUCCUCUAAGUCAUGCAACGGUAGUUUGAAUAAACCUCUUUCUUUCGCUUCUCUUUUCAAUUGGUUGAAAGGUAAGUUUAACAAAAGAAAAAGACAAAUAAGAAACAAAGGUUGCAGGGAACAAUGAGGUGUUAAUAACAUUCAUUUAAAAGAGAUCACCGCAUCCCCAGAAUUGUUCAACGCCCAGGUAGCCUGGGUUUUUCCAGAGAUCGUUCGUGAACGAGAAAAACACGGACUUGGAUCCUACUACCUUGACGAUGGAUUUGAUGGCGGUCGCCUGAGCCUCAGGGGAAGCAAUGGCCUUGCCGUUGCUGGAACCGCCGCUGGGCCAGCCAGUCUCCAGGUUGAUGGCUUCCUUGCCUGGGCAAAUGUCUCCGAGGAUCUUCAUCUGGUUCUGGAUGAAGUUACCGCAUUCGGAGGCAACAACAUUAGGGUUGAAGAAGCAGUGGAUGUUGGCGCCAAUAACGUCAAUGUGCGGGCACAAGGUCUUGCCGGCUUCCUGCCAUUUGUUCAAGGGCUCAGUAGUGGUGAUUGGACCAUUGUAGCCGGCACCCUUGAAGCAGCCCCUGGCGUAAUCGAGGAGCUCAGCAAGAGAGCCCGGGGUGGCGGUACCUUGGAUGA